AACAUUUUUGAUGAAAUGAUUAUUGAAAAACAUGAGGAUCACAGUUUCAAGUGCUGCAGUGGUCAUUCAUAUAUAAGAAAGAAUUGGCUUGGAUCCAUCGUCUUCCCUUUCUCUGCUCUCCUGCAACAAUCUGAGUUUUCAGGUCAAAUCGACAUUUUGGAGAGAGCACAGAUUUUUAAAAAAAAUUGUAAGGCAUUAUUUCCUAAACGAAGAAUCACAACUACUGUUUUUAAUGAUGAAGGGAUACAGAUCUUAGUAACAAGAUAUAUCAAGGCAUUGAAUCCACCUCAACAACUCCUGGAUAUAUUUCUUCAUGAUUCUAAUGCAACACUUGACCUCGUUGCUCGCUUUGUAUCUUUGAUUCCUAUUAUGCCUGAUACACUGGAUGAAAAUGAUGGUUUUGAUAUAUGGAUGACAUCAGAGCGCUGCAUCAGUUUGGCUAUUGGAAGUAAGGAGGAGCAUGCCAUACUUCUCUGUAAUUUCUUCCUGUAUUUUGGAAAGAAAGCUUUGGUCCUCCUAGGAACCUCGAUGUUGGAAGGGCAUGUGGCUUAUGUAUUAACGCCAGAAACUGAUGAAUAUUUGCUUUGGAAUCCAUUAACUGGGCAAUGUCAUAAGCAGUUUGACCCAUUUUGUCCCUUACAAAGUGUAGACUGUUUGUUUGAUGGUGAAAAUGUCUGGUUUAAUAUUCAGCAAAAUAAUUCACCAAGGGCUGUAUAUUUUGACUAUUCAAAGGAAAGUUUCUGGAAACAGUUGCUUCCAAAAAAUUAUCAAGGGACGAAAGCACAAAGCAUACAGCCUGAAGAAAUAAUUUAUUCUGAUACUAAUAAAAGCAUGGUAGAAGAUCUAAAGAACAGGAUUGAAAGAACUCUGAAAUAUAAAAUAAUGGAAUGGCGACCUAAACAGCCAACACGUUGGAAUAGACAAUGUACUUUCAUUUUAAGACAAAUCCUUCCUAAGUUAGAGCUUGGCACCGGAAACUUUGUUUCAUCUGAAGAAGAGAGUGAAUUUGAAAGACUGCUACAAUUUUAUUGGGUCGCAGGAUUUCCUAUCCAGAUGCCAUACACUGAUGUACAGUCAGUUAUUGAUGCUGUGUAUCAAACUGGAAUUCAUUCCUCUGAAUUUCCGCAGACAGAAUUUGCUCUAGCUGUGUAUAUUCACCCCUACCCAAACAACAUAUUAUCUGUUUGGGUCUGUUUGGCUUCAUUAGCACGAUAUCAGUGA